AUGUCCUUAACUAGUUCACAGCCUGUCAACCAAGACAAACUUGAAGUAUCAAAGAUAUUAUUUGGCACGUCAUCAUUUGGUGGAUUUUUUGACGAAGUUGGAAAGUGCACACCUUCUGAUGCUGUAUCGAGAGCUCUUGAGCUAGGUAUAAACGCAUUCGACACAAGCCCUUUUUAUGGAAACAGCGAAGAAAUUCUCGGAUCAAUUUUCUCAUCGCUCAAUGAUAAAUAUCCACGGUCACACUAUUAUAUUAUUACAAAAGUUGGAAGAUAUGGUUCAACUAAAAAAGACUUUGACUACUCUCCUAAACGUGUUCGUGAAAGUGUUGAAGAAAGUUGUAGACGACUAAGAACUGAUUAUCUUGACGUUGUGUAUGCUCAUGAUGUAGAGUUCGUGGAUAUCGAUAAGGUUGUUGGCAAUGAUGGAGCUUUGAUGGAAUUGUUCAAGUUAAAGAAGGAGGGAAAAAUUAAAUAUGUUGGGAUUUGUGGAUAUCCAUUAAACGUACUUCUCAAAAUAGCAGAAAUCCAAUAUGAAUAUAAUCAACCACUUGAUAUUGUACAGUCCUAUUCUCACUACUGUCUUCAAAAUACACUUCUCUCAACCUGCGUUCCAAAGUUCAAAAACCUUGGUGUAAAAUAUUUAAUGAAUGCUUCUCCUUUAUGCAUGGCAUUAUUGACUGAAACUGCACCACCAGUGUGGCAUCCAGCACCUGACAAAUUAAGAUCAAUCAUUUCUAAAUGUGUAUCAUAUGUAAAAGAGAAUGGAUUUAAUAUUUCUAAGUUGGCCAUACAGUUUUCAUUGGAAUGGGAUGGCGCAGAUGGUACCGUUAUUGGACUGUUGAAUAGGAAGCAGGUUGAAGAAGCUGUAUCAUGGUUUAAUGAAGUUUUGGCUAGAAAAAGUGGUGAAAAGAACAUUGAUAAAAUGGAAUUGAUUACUGUUCGGGAAUUUCAGAAAAUGUUAGGAGAUUGGCUAAAUUGGA